CUGCACACACACACACUCUCACACUCACACAUACGCCAAAGCUGACACUGCAGCAGAAAAACAGGCCGGCAGGAUUUCUCCCCGGCUGUAGCGUAGCGUCAGAGAGGGACUCUAUUGGCUGAGAGAGAGAAGGACGGUCUUCGUGGUUGCUCUGUCGAGGAGUACCCGACCAGAGGCAACGGGCUGUGUGUGUGUGUUAAUGUGUUAGGUCCGUGUGUGUGUGAGCACCGCAGCAGGAGCAGCAGCACUGCAGAUGCUGACUGAGUCCGGGGCUCGGCUCAACGCCUCAUCCUCCCCUCCCCCCUUGGAGCAUCGACGUGGAAAAGAGGAUACAUCGCUCUCAACCUCUGUGUGUGUGUGUCAGUGAACGUGUGUGUGUGUGUCAGUGAACGUGUGUGUGUGUGUCAGUGAACGUGUGUGUGGGUGUCAGUGUAAAAGCAGAGCUGGUGUGUCAGCCACUGCUCUGCCAGCGUAUCCGUGUCGUCGGCCCUCUCCCUGUCCCAGAAUGCUUCGCUCUGCGCCCCUGUGCUGAGGCGGCGUUGGGCAGUAUGGGCGCUGCGCUGGCCGGGACCCCCCCCACGGAUCUAAGCUGCCCCACCGGGACGGGCGCACACCGCACCCCUGCUGAUGGGCGAGGACACUGACACCACCCGAACGCUCAACCACGGCUUCCUCCGAGACCACAACUAUGUGACUGAAGGGCUGCUCGUGGCUUUUGCCUGAAGAGCCCCGCCCCACCAGGCCCCGCCUCCUCCCCUCUCCCGGACUCCUCCCCCAGGAUGUUGAACCCCAUCCAGGUCCUGUGCUCCGACAUCACUUCCCUCUCCCUGGAGCCCGAGCCGUUUGCCUCUUACACUGAAGCUGAUAUCAUCUCCACUGUAGAGUUCAACCACACUGGAGAACUCCUGGCCACAGGGGAUAAGGGGGGGCGAGUGGUCAUCUUCCAGAGGGAACCUGAGUGUAAGACAGAGCCGUACUCCCAGGGAGAGUAUAAUGUCUACAGCACAUUCCAGAGCCACGAGCCGGAGUUUGAUUACCUUAAGAGUCUGGAGAUCGAGGAGAAGAUCAACAAGAUACGAUGGCUGCCUCAGCAGAACGCCGCCCACUUCCUCCUUUCCACCAAUGAUAAGACCAUUAAGCUAUGGAAGGUGAGUGAGCGGGACAAGAGGCCUGAAGGCUACAACCUGAAGGAUGAGGAGGGCAGGAUAAAGGACCUCUCCACUGUCACUUCACUACAGGUGCCGGUGUUGAAGCCCAUGGAUCUGAUGGUGGAGGUGAGUCCUCGGCGUGUGUUUGCCAACGCCCACACCUACCACGUCAACUCCAUCUCCGUCAACUCCGACCACGAGACCUACAUGUCAGCUGACGACCUGAGGAUCAACCUCUGGCAUCUGGGCAUCACCGACCGCAGCUUCAACAUUGUGGACAUUAAGCCAGUGAACAUGGAGGAUCUGACAGAGGUGAUAACAGCAGCAGAGUUCCACCCUCACCACUGUAACCUGUUGGUCUAUAGCAGCAGUAAGGGAACUCUACGGCUCUGUGACAUGAGAGAGGCCGCACUGUGUGACAAACACUCCAAACUGUUUGAGGAGCCGGAGGACCCCAGUAACCGCUCUUUCUUCUCGGAAAUAAUCUCGUCUGUGUCGGACGUGAAGUUCAGCCACAGCGGGCGCUACCUGCUGACCAGAGACUACCUCACCGCCAAGGUGUGGGACCUCAACAUGGAGAACAAGCCCCUGGAGAUAUAUCAAGUGCAUGAUUACCUCCGCAGCAAGCUGUGCUCCCUUUAUGAGAACGACUGCAUCUUUGACAAGUUUGAGUGUGCCUGGAACGGCUCAGACAGUGUGAUCAUGACGGGGGCCUACAACAACUUCUUCCGGAUGUUUGACCGGAACACAAAGCGUGACGUGACCCUGGAGGCGUCCAGGGAGAGCAGUAAGCCCCGGGCCGUUCUCAAGCCUCGCCGCGUCUGCCAGGGCGGGAAACGUCGCAAGGAUGACAUCAGCGUGGACAGCCUGGACUUCACCAAGAAGAUCCUGCACACGGCCUGGCACCCCACGGAGAACAUCAUCGCCAUCGCUGCCACCAACAACCUGUACAUCUUCCAGGACAAAUUCAACUAGGAGAUGCACGGCCGAGAGAGGGAAAGCGCAGGAGGCUGGAGACAGACACACACACUCCAGACGACAGGGCGCUAUUGUGGAGACACACUCCAGAGUGCUCAGUCCCUGCCUCCCACACUUCCAACUAAUGAAGUCCCCCCCCCCCCCCUGAAAUACUGGAUGGACCCACCUCGCCCUAGGGCCAAACAGGGGGAGCUGAAUUACCCAAUGAGAAUGAUGUUGAUUUAUGGUUUCUCUUAGUCUUAAUCAUGGAUGUGUUGACCUCUGGAUUGUGGCUGAUCUGAUUGUGUUUGUUUCGCUAUUGGUCGUUUUUUCAUUCCGAGGGAUUGACCUCUCGGCAGGAGGAGCUUUUACAUGUUGUCUGUCUUUUUCUGUUCAUCUGCCUCAUCCUCUUCUUCCUCCUCCUCUUCUCUCCAUCUGUUUCUGUACGUUUGUGCUCAGUUCAACCCCCCAGUCCCUCUCCUACACUCUUAGAAAAAAGGAUUGGUUCCAGGUAGAACCCUUUUGGGUUCCAUGUAGAACCCUCUGUGGAAAGGGUUCUGCACGAAAGCCAAAAUGGCUAUACCUGGAACCAAAAAAGGUUAUUCAAAGGGUUGUCCUAUGGGGACAGCCAAAGAACCAUUUUAGGUUCUAGAGUGUUUCUAAGAGUGUACAGUCGGAAUUGAUCCUUGACGUUGGUGUAAAAAAAACCUUUGUGGUUUAUUAUAGUUUUUCACAGUUAAAAUCACCAAUUCACAUAUUUUUGUAAAUUCUCGUUUAAUGAUGGUGGUAAUAUGAAUGGUGAUGAUAAUGACCGUUAUUGGUAUACGUAUAACAGUGACAUGUCACAGUUGGACUUGGGUUCCACUAGGCUGUCUGUCACAGCUUGGUGACAUUUACUCCUUACGUUUCUGUUGAUUGUGGACACUGCUGGGGAUCUCGGCGGUGUCGUGUGCCACUUUGCAAUGAAACACAAUUAAUAAAGCAAAAACAAAGUCCAACAAUCAAGCAAAAAAAUAAUAUGCUGCAUGAUGAACAAAAAUGAUGUGUUUAUAUACAUUUACUGGCUGCCUUUCUAAUCAUAAACAGGCUGUAAAAAGGCUUCUGGAGCUCUGCCUCUACACAGCACUAGUUACCAUAGACAACAACAACGAGCUCCUUUUGUUUGUGUUUACAAGACACAAAAAAGCAUGUUUAACAGUGUUCGGGUUUUUACGGUGUACAUUUGAAAUGAAGCCGAAAUAAAAAUCAGUUAAAAAUGAAAAAGAAACUGAACCAGAGGAAUUGGGAUUGUUUUAUCAGCGUUGUUAUCUAGACCUUUAAAAAAGGGGCUGAUCCGUUUGUUUCGUAUCAAUAUGUCCCAGAGCCAAUCAUCUGUAAUGAUGAUGCUGUCCAUGACAAUGUGAGAGAGAUUAUUGCACUCUUCUCUCCAGCAAUUGCAUUUAUAUAUUUUUGGAAACAUCACUUGUGUUUGAUUCCGAGUCCCGCUGCCCUGGCAUUGAUUCACAUCUUCUUUUUUUGUUCACGUAUUUUCAAGAAGAGAAAGUCAAAUGAACAAUUAUAAAUAUGUUAAUAUGUCCCCCCCCCCUGAAUAAAGAUUUCAACAAAAUUGCA